UAUAAAUAAAUAUUUAUUUUAGUUUUUUAAUAAAAUAAAAUGAACAGCAAGAAGACUCUUGAAGAUGUUGAUUUACAUACAAAUCCAAAUCUUCCCGCUUGGAUGUUGACCCCAAAGGAAGAAAAAUUGGUUUAUGAAAGAUGGAGAAAAAAUACUCAUGCUAAAUGUGAUCAUUUGAUUAGACUGUAUAUUGAAUGUUCUAACCAUUACUCAAAUGUUAUUGAAGGUUUCAAUAAAUGUAAAGACAUCAAUGCAAGAACUCAAGGAUGUAUUCGUCAAUAUCAAGAAAUGAAGUAUUUGGAUCAAGAAAGGGAUAAAUAUAUCCAAGAAAAAUUAGAUGAAAAGAAAAGGAUCCAGGAGUAUAUAAAGAAUAGGGAUAGUAAAUAGUCAGAUAACAAAAACUUGUAAAUAAGAU